CCCGCAAUAAUUCACGUCUUGCGCGCAUCCACCGUCGUCCGCUCCCAAAUCCAAAUCCUUCCCUCCUUGCCCAGCUACCUGCACUGCCCUACCCACCACCCCCCACCUGUUCGAGAAGAGACAACUCCUCCCUCCCCUCCACUCCACUUUCACACUCUCUUAUGGCCUAUCCUCCUCCUCCUUCCUGUUCCAUUACAUAGUGCAUUCUACAGUGCUGCUGCUGCUGCUGAUGCAGCUGCUAUUCCUGCCCUUCCUGUUCCAUUUAUUGGAGCCCUCGCUGUCGCUGCUCGUAGUCGUAGCUCCAGCUGCUGCUGCCGCCGCCACAGGGAGAGCUAGCGAGGAGGCGUAGCUGGCUGUAGUAAGUGCUGGUGCUGCUGCGUGGACGGAGGAGGGAGGGGGGUUGCUGUUGUGCGCUGCUGCCGCCUCAGGGAGGGCUCAUUACUCCCUCGUUGCGUGCUGCAGUUACUGCUACCACUCGCUACUGUAUAGAGACGCCUUGCGAGCCUCUUCUCAUGGAGAGGAUGCAGCUGCAGCUGCAAGGGCCCAUCGCCUCUUCGCUGUGGGCGGACAAGCAGCAGCAGGCGGCCAGCACCAGCGCCGCGGUGGCGGCGGCGCAGAUGCCCUUCCUGGCGUUGCUCCAGGGCGCGGGCGUCGUCAUGGAGGCGGAGGAGCAGCAGCAGCAUGACGGGCGCAAGCGGCAGGCCUUCGCGCGCGCCGUCUCCGACCUCGACCUGCUCGAGAGCUGCGUCACGCAGGCGGCGGUGGCUCCUGCUGCGGCGUCUGCGCCCGUGGCCAGCAGGACCGAGAGGCGGAGGAAGCGGCCGAGACCCCGCGCGCGGGCCGCGCCGCCGCCGGAGAAGCGCAGGAAGCCCGAGGAGGCCGAGAGCCAGCGGAUGACGCACAUCGCCGUGGAGCGCAACCGGCGGCGCCUCAUGAACGACCACCUCGCCUCGCUCCGCUCCCUCAUCCCCUCCAGCUACAUCCCCCGCGGCGACCAGGCGACAGUGGUGGGUGGCGCGAUCGACUACGUGAAGCAACUGGAGCAGCAGCUGGUGGCAUUGCAGGCGGCCGCGGCCGCGCGUCGCGACGGUACCGGCGCCGGCGCCGCGGUGGCCACGGCCGCGUCGGACGGCGUGUUCGUGUCCCCGCAGUACGCGAGCUACUCGGAC